GUUGAUAUUUGUAUACAUGUAUGUAACUACUUAUAAAAGUACAUAUUGAAUUGUGUAUAUACAAUUAUGGUAAUGAAAAAAUUUAGUGAACCAUCUUCUCCAAAUCCAAAUGAUGAAAUUGGUGAUAAUCAUAAUGAUAAUUAUAUAAAUGGCAUAGAAAAUAAUGAAGAUAUCAUAGAUUCAACAGUUAUACCUGUUGGUUAUGCUUUACUAGGUAGUGAAAUUGUACAUAUGGCAGAUGAUAACAUUGAUGAUAAUAAUAAUGAUAGUGAGAUAAAUGAUUUGUCAGAUAGUGAAAAUGAUGAAAUUGAAAAUAACAAUGUAAUCAGUCAGCAUUUAUCAAAUUCUCAAUCAAUUGGAUUUAAUAAUUAUAAUGAUAAUAAUAAUAGUGAUCCAGUCAAUUUACAAGUUGAUGUAGACAAUCUUCUGAAUCGACACUUGAGUCGAACUGAAUUUGAACCACGGGGAGCAUUUACAGCUUCCAAUUUGUGUACUAAUACGAUUGAUGAUUCAUCUCAUAUAGAAUUAUGGAAUCAGAACACACCGGCAUCCACAUCUCAAAUUACAAUUACUCCUGACGAAGCUGAUAAAAUUAAAAUGUACAUGUCUAAUUUUCAUUUACCCAUCUCUCAAUAUCCUACAUGGGCUACACAAAUACCAGAAGAAUUAUGGAAAUCGAAACUUUUGGAAAAAAUUCAACAUAAUUAUAAACCAUGAAAAGGUGUUUGUAUUUUCAAGUUUAUUUUCUCUCUCUCUGUCUACUUUAUUUUUUUAUUUUCGGUUCCUUUAAUAACUUCGAGUUAUUCUCUGAUUAUAUGUUGAUUUGUUAUUAUUGUGAUUAUUUAUUUACGUUUGAAUAAUACAGGCAUUUACAUUUGUUUUUCUUACAUUAAGAAAGUGUUCUGGUGUUUGGUAGUUGGAGAGUAGUUCAUUGGAAACUGUGAACCUAGGUUUUGUACUUUUUUUUCAUCACUCGUUAACAAGGUGUACUUGUAACCUUAAAAGAACCUAUGCUAUCUGACGGAUUCUAUCUCGUAUCAUCUAGCUUCACAGUGUCACACGUUACCACUGGUCUAUUUAGGCCGCAACUGACAUUCUGUAGGACUGAGAUGUAUUUAUAGUUGUUUGAUCACUAGAUAAUGAUAGAUGUCAUGUAUGUCAAGUCCUUCUUAGAGCUGAUCGGGACCCAAGUCCAGGGUUUCUUGUCGAUCACCUUCAACCACCACUUCACAUCUCAACAUGGUACAUGCGAUGUCGAGUUCCUUUGACUAGUGGCCACAUUACGACUUAAUCGUUAGAAUUAUCAAUAUGACAGUGUCUACUAAUUUUGAUGGAGUUUUGUUCUCUGAUCUGGAUGGUCUGGUCGUGUUUACUAAUCUAUCAAUUGUAAAAAAGGAGUAAUAUGUGUAUUUACUAUUGUGUGGCUAGUAUAGUUUUCAUUCACUUGCAAGACAAUUAAUUGACAUAGUCUACUAAUCCGUGUUCUUGUUUUGUAUUAGUGUUUUCUAGAUACUUAACGAGUUGAAUUAGAAAUAAGCCCACCGCAUCAUUCAUUAAAUAAAAAACAGUUUGGCGGAAAAAAUUGCUUUUCGAUGAUAUCAUUUACUAAAGCUAUAGAAUCAUAUUUAAGAAUUAUUUUUACGCAUAGUAAUCUAUAAUAAAAUAGCAAAUAUCCGCAUAGGGUUGUUGAGUCUAUUAAGUUUUUGAUUGAUAUCGUCAACCGAUUGAUGUUAGACCACCAUUAAAAACCUGGAAGCAAUGGACAGCCGUUUCUUUCUAUUGUGGGACUUAGCAGUGCGCACCCACGAUCCCACUUCGCGGGAUACGAACGCAGGGCCUUCGGUCUCGCACGCGAACGCUUAACCUACUAGAGCAUUGAGCCAGCAUCUAAUGGUGUUAAUGUCUAACCUCAACCAAUCCACGAGAUUGCGCGACCAUCUUCCAUUUUACUGAAGUAGAUACCUGUCUUUACCCGACACGGAUUAGCUCCACUGGUCACUGCUUCUCACUAGGACUCCGAGAAUUCCCUCAUUAAGCUAGUCACUAGUGAGCACAUGGUAAUUAUCAGUAUAGGGUUGUGGUUGUGGUCAUAGCGUAUUAGCAAAAUGAGAUAGAUUAUCAAACAUAAGUCGUAGAGUAGUAGAAGAAACAGUUUGAAUGAUCAUGAAAAAGAUUACCUAAUGAUAUUGUGAUUAGAGAAGAAACACUGAGUUUAGAGAAUACAAAGAAUCAUAGUUUUAAAACUCAUGCUCAAAGGGAAAAAUAAGAGUAAAUUCACGUACCCCAUUAUGACCGAUUUUGAUCUAUAUCAUCCAAAUUCUCCAACCACUAGUAACGAAAAUCGCGAAGACCCAAACCGAAUGGUCUGCAGCUAUAUACACAGCUCAAAUAGACAUCGACUGCUACCGAAGUCACGGAACAUUCGAAAUGUAAUGGGAAAAAAUAACGUACUAGAAAGAGAUGCCCAAAAUAAUUAUCCACUUGACAAAAAUAAGAAUCAGAAACAGCUAAAUUCAAGAGGUCGAAGUCAUGGUGAGAUAGGGUAUUGAACUUAUUACUACUGAACAUGAAGACCAAGGGCGACUUAAUGAAUUGUCUAAGACUGGGCUGUGCACAAAUUUAUUAUCCGAUUUCCCGUAGAACCAGUUUAUCUGGAUAAUUAUGAAUGAAAAUUCGGAUGGAGAGAAGUGACCAUAGUUGAAUAUCAUGUUCAACAACAACAUAACUAAUGACUGAUUUAAAUUCAGUAGAAGGAAGUUUUCUGUUUGACAGUUGGAACCGCACCUCGAUACAACAAAGUUGUGUUUAUUGCUAUAUGGAACACUAACUAGUUAGUUAACACACUUAACAG